AUGGACAUAAUUUGUUACCUGCUGGUUAUAGCUUUGUUUAACAUCCAGGCGUAUAUCACUUAUUCUCAAUGUUUGCGGGGGUGCAGCUGUGUGGAAGACCGUCAUGGCAGGUCGCUCAUUUGUAUGGAGGAGAGCGCGUUUGGGGCCAUACCAGACAACCUUCCAGAUGAUAUGACCAAAAUACGAAUAGAAAAAUCUCACUUCACUGAAAUACCCAGAGGCGCAUUCUCAAAAACACCCUCCUUGGAGAACCUGUGGCUGAACUUCAAUGAUAUCACAGUGAUAAACUCAAAGGGUCUGGAGGGUUUGGGAAACUUAACUGAGCUCCGUCUGCAAGGGAACAAACUCCGUUCAGUACCAUGGACAGCGUUCGAGGACACGCCGGCCCUCAAGAUCCUGGACCUGAAGCACAACCAGCUGGACGUCCUGCCAGAGCAUGCGUUAAAAUUUUUGCCAGGUCUGACUUACUUAGACUUAUCCUUCAAUCAGCUUACGGUGAUAUCAAAGGAGGUCUUCCAAAACUGGCCUCUGUACCAAAAACUACAGAGCACGGAGGAGCGGGAGGCUUCAGGGCCGAACGUCGUGCUGGCGCUCCACGACAACGCGUGGCUCUGCGACUGCCGCCUGAAGGGCUUCGUGGAAUUCAUCAGGUCACUGAGUCCACCGAUUAUACUGAUGAACUCCUACUUGACCUGCUCAGGGCCGGAUUUUAGGGCGGGCAAGUUCUUCCACGAGAUAGAGCUGCAGGCGUGCGUGAAGCCUAUCGUCACCACCCCGUCCUCCAACAUCAGCCUGCCUCAGGGUGCAAAUGUCACCCUGCGCUGCCUCGCUAAGGCCAGGCCAGACCCCGCGGUGUGGUGGACAUAUGGCCUGAAGAUAAUCAGAGGAUUUCAUGAGUCUCAGGAAAGAGUGGAUGAGGACACCAUCAGAUCUCUCCUAGUGAUCCCAUCCCUCCAUGCAGCUGACCGUGGUACCUACACCUGCACUGCUGUCAACUUCAUAGGAAACUCCUCUGCCAGUGUCCUCCUGGAGGUUGCCUCUCCUGAUGACUCCCCGUCUUCACUCUUCCCCAGCAACCUGGCUCCACCUGCUCCUGGUGAUGAAAACGUCUACAUUGACAUCCGCAUCGUCAAACAGACAGUGCGUGGUAUUACCAUUGAGUGGCACGCUGCCUUGGACCGCCCGGCCGAAACCUGGUUCACCAUCCACUUUGGCCUCGCUGGCCCUAACAAGAAAGAAAUGAUCUACAUCGGCCCUGGGAUUCACUCUUACUCCGUCUCUGAUCUGAUGCCUGCUACCAAAUAUGAAAUCUGUGUAACGCUUAAGAGUCAGGCACCACGUCCCGGCCAGUGCAUUGUGUUUGUGACAGGAAGUGACAUCACUGAGAUGGAGCAGAGGGAGAAGCUGAUUCACAUAGUGGUGAUAGUUUUAGCCAUGGUGCUGGCUGUGCCUAUAGGCAUGUAUGCCUGCACCACUGACACUAAGUUUACCUGCCUGGAGGGCAUCGUGGCAUCCUGGAAGAACCGGCGGAGGGACAGCAGCCCGUCCGGGAUGGAGCGGGAGAGGCAGGGCACCUUUGACAGCCUGCAGGCCGCCAGCGACGAGGGCCUGGUUAUGAAAGAUUCCAGUGAAGACAGGAAGGUGAGGAGGAGGUCAGAUGACAGACAGUAUAAGGGCAAAGCUGACCACAGCAGACUCACAGCUGAACUAUAUUAA